ACGGUGGAACGCACAAAGUAGACCGGAAGUCGGGUGUGUCACACCGCCUCUGGGUGAGAGAAGGCGGCGGAUGGCACCGGGCAAUUGAACUGAGAUAGCUGGAGUCCUACUAGAAGUCACUUGAGGAUGAAACGCAACCUGAUUCACUGAGGAUGGACAAGGACAGGAGUCACAUGACUGAGAGGAUACUAAAUCUCACUUUGGAGAUCAUCUACCUGCUAACUGGGGAGGAUUACACAGUAGUGAAGAAUACAACUGUUGAGAAUGUGACCCCCAGUAACCGUUCCUGUGUGUCAGGAAGACUGAGCAGGACCCAUCGCCCCAUCACGGACCCUCCACCUCACUCACUGAUACAUCGGAGAGACAAUGAGCAGAAGAUCCUGGAACUCACCAAUAAGAUCAUUCAGCUGCUGACUGGAGAGGAGGGGGAGUAUACAGAAGAACACAAGGGUCUGUACAAGAAUGUGAUAAUGGAGAAUCACCGGCCCCUCACAUCACUGGAUGGACCCAGUAACAGAGAUUCCCCAGAGAGAUGUCCCCGUCCUCUUUAUUCCCAGGACUGUACAGAGGAGAAUCACAGGACCCCACAGGAGGAUCAGUGUGACGGUCUGGCUGACAUUAAGGUAGAAGAUAUAGAGGUAGAAGAAGAGACGUGUAUGAGGGGUGACCAGCAGUGUAAGAAGGAGGAAAUCCCUACAGAUAUCAGCACAGAUGGACCCAGUAACAGAGAUUCCCCAGAGAGAUGUCCCCGUCCUUCUUAUUCACAGUAUUGUACAGAGGAGAAUCACAGGACCCUACAGGAGUAUCAGGGUGGAGGCCUGACUGUUAUUAAGGUAGAAAAUAUAGAAGAAGAGACAUAUGUGAGGGGUGACCAGCAGUGUAAGGAGGAGGAAAACCCUACAGAUAUCAGCACAGCGGAUGGAGGUAACAGCAGGAAAAUCUCAGAAGAAUAUCUCAUUUUAUCUCCAGACUUUAAAAUAGAAGAUAACAUCACGCAGGAUACUACAGGAAAAAUGUUAAUGAUCCCAAUUACAAAUCCAGUAUGUCACAGUGCAGAUACGCCAUCUGACCCCGCUAACCAUGAGCAAUGUUCUCCUGAUAAAUCAGAUACUGUUACACGUAGUACAGCUUUUAGUGUAGCCACAAUCUCUCACUGUUCUAUAAAUGGUAAAUGUUUUACACAGGACACAACGCUUAUUACCCAUCAGCCAGCUAAUGUCAGUGUGAGGCCAUUUUCAUGUACUGAGUGUGGGAAUUGUUUUAAAAAUAAAUCAACUCUAAUUAGACACUUGAAAUGUCACACAGGUGAGAAACCAUUUCCAUGUUCUGAGUGUGGGAAAUGUUUUUCAGUUAAAUCAACUCUAACUAGUCAUGAAAGGGUUCACACAGGUGAGAAACCAUUUCCAUGUGUUGAUUGUGGGAAAUGUUAUACAUAUAAAUCACAUCUUAAUAGACAUCGGAGAAGUCACACAGGUGAGAAACCAUAUGCAUGCUGUGAGUGUGGGAAAUGUUUUGCCCGGAAAUCACAUCUUAUUAUACAUGAGAGAAGUCACACAGGUGAGAAACCAUUUACAUGUUUAGAGUGUGGGAAACGGUUUACCCAGAAAUCAUCUCUUCUUGCACAUGUGAGAAAUCACACAGGUGUAAAACCAUUUUCAUGUGCCAAGUGUGGGAAAUGUUUUACAGAUAAAUCAUCUCUAGUUAAGCAUGAGAAACAUCACAUAAGAAGUCACACAUGUGUGAAGCCAUUUCCAUGCUCUGAGAGUGGGAAAUGUUCACAUAAGUCACAUGAAGAUGAGACAUGUUCUGAUUCACUGAGGAUGGACCAGGACAAAAGACACAUGACUGAGAGGAUAUUAAAUCUCACCCUGGAGAUCAUCUACCUGCUGACUGGGGAGGAUUACACAGUAGUUAGGAAGAUAUCUUGUGAGCAUGAGACACCCAGUAGCUGUUCCUGUGUGUCAAGAGGAUUGGGCAGGACCCGGAGCCCCAUCACGGAGCCUCCAUCUCACUUACUGGUACAUAAGAGAGACAAUGAGCAGAAGAUCCUGGAACUCACCAACAAGAUCAUCCAGCUGAUGACUGGAGAGGAGUGGGAGAAUAUGGAGGAACACAAGGAUCUGUACAAGGACGUGAUGAUGGAGAAUCACCGGCCCCUCACUUCACUGGAUGUAACAAGUAACUGUAAUGCCCCAGAGAGAUUUCCACAGGAUUGUACAGAGGAGAAUCACAGGAACCCAGAGGAGGAUCAGAGUGAAGUGCUGACUGAUAUUAAGGUAAAAGCUGUAGAGGGAGAAGAAGAGACGUAUGUGAGGGGUGAUCAGCAGUGUAAAGAUGAGGAAAUCCCUACAGAUAUCAGCACAGAUGGACCCAGUAACAGAGAUACCCCAGAGAGAUGUCCCCGUCCUCUUUAUUCCCAGGACUGUACAGAGGAGGCUCACAGGACCCUACAGGAGGAUCAGGGUGAAGAUCUGAGUAAUGUUAAGAUAGAAGCUAGAGAGGAAGAAGAAGAGACAUAUGAGAGAGGUGAUCAGCAGUGUAAGGAGGAGGAAAUCCCUACAGAUAUCAGCCCAGAUGGACGUACAAGCAUGAAAACAUCUGAGGGACGUCUAAUUUUAUCUCCAGAUUUGAAUGUACAACAUAACAUCACACAAGGUUCUCCAGGAAAAAAAACCAUUACCCUAAAUUUACAUCCAGUGCUUCACAGCGCAGCUAUAUCAUCUGAUCCCUCGGAGCAUCAGCGAUGUUCUCCUAAUAAUUCCAAAACAGCUACAUCUAGUACCGCUCACAUAGGGGAUAAAAUAUUUCCCUGUUCUGUGUGUGGGAAAUGUUUCACAAAGAAAUCACUUCUUAGACAUCAGAGAACUCACACAGGUGACAAACCUUUUCCGUGUCCCGAGUGUGGGAAAUGGUUUCCGCACAAGUCGGAUCUUUUCAAACAUCAGAGAACUCACACAGGUGAGAAGCCAUUUCUGUGUACUGAGUGUGGGAAAUGGUUUAUACACAAAUAUCAUCUUGUUAGACAUCAGAGAACGCAUACUGGUGCAAAACCAUAUCCAUGUUCUGAGUGUGGGAAAUGUUUUACAGAGAAAUCACGUCUUGUUAAACAUCUGAUCAUUCACACAGGUGAGAAAUUAUUUCCAUGCUCUGAGUGUGGGAAAUCUUUUACACAUAAAGCAAGUCUUGCUAGACAUCAGAGACAUCACACAGGUGAAAAAACAUUUCCAUGUUCUGAGUGUGGGAAAUGGUUUACAGAGAACUCAAAUCUAGUUAAACAUCUGAGAAUUCACACAGGUGAGAAACCAUAUCCGUGUGCUGAGUGUGGCAAACGUUUUACACAAAAAUCUAAUCUUGUUACACAUCAGAAAUUUCACACAGGUCAGAAACCGUUUACGUGUUCGGAGUGUGAUAAAUGUUUUACACUGAAAUCAGAUCUUUCUAAACAUCAGAGGAGUCACACAGGCGAGAAGCCCUUUCCGUGUUCUGCUUGUGGGAAAUGUUUCACAUGCAAAUAUCAUCUGGAUAGACAUCAGAAAAGCCACACGGGGGAGAAGCCGUUUCAGUGUUCUGAUUGUUGGAAAUGUUUUACAGAUAAAUCAAAUCUUGUUAAACAUCAGCAAUGUCACACAGGCACUUAGUGAUAAAACUAUUUUACAAAAGAAAAUCAAAUAUUGUUAUAUAUCAUAAGAUACAUAAAAUAUUCAUGAGCUGAUGAGACAUGAAACAGUUGCAGCAGUUAUGUAAAUAUUGCAAAUUACGCAUGCAUUGGAAACCUAACUAGAAUAAUACAUUAUACAUAACAUAGGGAUGCGGGUAGCAUCCCAGCACUUGGAAUGCCGAUGGCGGAAUCCUGACACCACUCUGAAUCCCAGCGCUGGAACACUGACUGCUGACACCAUGAAGGUAAGUAUUGGGGCCCCUGUUAGGGUUAGGACCCGGAAUGAUUAGGGUUAGGCACUAAACGGGGCAGGGGUAGCCGUAGACGCCCCUCCCCACCCCAGGUCAGCCCUAGUUGCCACCCCCUGGUGUCUUAGACCUAGCCACCACCCCAGGAGGGGGGGAGAGGGGGGGGGUCAAGAGAGGGGUAAAAUAAUUACCCUGUCAGCAUUCUAAUUUUCGGGAUGCUGGUGUUGGGCAAUUGAAAUCUUCAGUCAUCUAAAUUCUGUUUGGUCAUAGUCCCUAAUUUGGAGACCCAAAACUUGCUGAGGCAGUCUUACUUGCAUUUUUCCCCUCCAAUAUGGUUGCUAAAGUUAGUGAACCGUGAUCCCUCUGUUGCUAGCGCCAUCAGGCAUUGAAAAUCAGCACCACUGGGGGUAUUUGUCUUGGUUUCCCAGGACUAGGACUUGCACAGGUGUAGGAGCAGUGUCCAAUGCACUUGUGGGGGAGGGGUGUUAAGGCAGUCCUUUUAGGCAGGUGUGGAAAAACUGUUGCAAAGUAAGAAUGCUUUCAGAAAUAGAAGUGUUAAUAGUUUUAUUUUUUAUCAGUAAACAAAAUGCAAAGUGAAUGAGAAGAAGAGAAAUUGAAAUCAAAUCAAUAUUUGGUGUGACCACUCUUUGCCUGCAACACUCCCAUAAGACGCCCAUCAUACAGUGCAUCUCUGUGCAUCAGAACAGCCAUCUCCCAGUCACUGCCUAGUAACACCCAAUACAUUUCUGAGACUGUGUGUCAAUCACAACUGCAACUUCUAUGUACCCACCAUGGGGCAUAGGAGUACUGUGCACUUAGACGCAUGCGCAGUUCAAAAACAUCGACCAUUUAUGGGAAUAUUGUGGUUGUGUGAGAAUCAGGCCCACAUCUGAGAGAGCUUCCAUAUAGAUUUAAAAACCGGUCAGAGGUUGGGGUUCACCUACAUCUCCAUGGGUGUGUUGGUAAUAUAUUAUCCAGGUCCAUUCAACAGCAAUACGGGACUGGCUAAUUGGCAUUUGGAUAUUACAGCAGCUGUAUAAGCACCGGAUCUUGUGCACUCUGGUCAGUGAGCUGCACAUUAAACUGGGUUCUAGAGGAGCAGCAAACAGGACUGUACAUCUAUGGAAUAUAAGAUCUCCAGGACAGGAGCACCUGGGCAGUUCUGGAAUUGACUGGUAUUUGCCCCAUCACAAUAUUGGAUCACUGAUAUUGCUAGACGUUUUACCUAUAUGCCACUUUAAUAAAUAUAAAUGUAUUCACAGUA